GGGGACUAUUGCGCCGUAGAGAUUACAACUGCAACAACACAACCAUGCCGCUACUCGAUUCCCACCUGGAGCAAAUUGCUCUUUCAUCAAGUGCUAUUGCUGACCUACCCUUCCCUCCACCCCGCAUCUUCACGAACGCGCUACUAGGCUCGCACGAUAUCACCGCCUUGAUUCGCGAUACUGAGGUCCAUGAAAGAGCACUUUUUCAUGUAGAUCCUUCGGCGCAGGCUCAAGGCGCCCAACGACGUGCCACCCGGCGCGGGACGACAUUCCCUGCAGAGUCCGAGACCGAAUCUAUGGCUAGCCGUAUCUACUCCGCCCGGAACAACCGCAACCAGUCGGCCGUUGCUCGAGUUUUGGGCUCCGAUAUGAUGGAAGAAAUCAAGCGGUCAGCAGGCACAUCCUCCAGAGGACCACGAGGAGAAGUCAACGUUGAAGUCUUGCUCCGAGGAGCAGAGAUUCUCUGCAAUGUCUAUCCUGUUCAAGGUGCACAGGAGAAGAUCGCCAAUUUGCGCUACCGCCAUGAGAUGAUUGCCGAAUCGAUUGCGCGACUAGAAGACCGUGUCGCUGCCAAUACCGCCGAGCUGGAGCAGAUGCGCCACUCAUACGGAGACGAUGAGAAUGACUAUGCCUCCAUGCCAGCCCCACAACCAGAUGCUCCCAACGUAACCGAUGAGGACAUUGAACGCGAACUGGCUGAAAUUAGAGAACUGGAGCGGAGGAAACGUGCGCUAGAGGCGCGAGUCACUGGCAUGGACCGCGAUCUUGGUGGGCUCAUGGGCUGACAAGUAUCAUGAUUAUGCUCUCUAUUGAAAAGACUGUAUAAGACUUUUAUUCAUCGGCUGCCCCUUGAGCACUUGACUCUGGGGAUGAAAUGAGCACAGGUCAUCUGGGUGGUAUCCCAAGGGGUACACACCGAUCGUGUUGUCAGCUUUCUCGGGGCUCCUCGGCUCCUCCCCAUGAUUCUUCGUCCACUGGACAGUAUGGAAUGUGCAAUACUGUCAGCACUUAUAGGCUUGCUUCGAUGACGACCAGGAGGGAUGACUUGAUCCCCCACGCAGCGUCAUGACUUUCUGAGCAAGCACGUUCUCUGUCAGUACACCCCCGGUGCUACAGAAUCAGCGUUGGAUUGCUUGGUGCAAAGAGGUCGGGGAGUGGGUGUCUGGCUGUUCAGAAGUGUGCCUAAUAGGAGGUCCUCUCUCCAAUGGGCCCUACAAUUGCCUCGAACAGCUUUUGCAUGAGGCAUACUUGGCUAAAUUUAUUGGAGGAUAGUGUAUUUGUUUC